ACUGCUUUUCGGUCUGACGCAUCGUAGCAACCUUUACAAAACAGUAACGAGUGAUCCCGUGAGAUCUCAAUACCGUCAAGAUGGCCCGUCGUCCCGCUCGUUGCUACCGGUACUGCAAGAACAAGCCGUACCCCAAGUCCCGUUUCAACCGUGGUGUCCCCGACCCCAAGAUUCGCAUCUUCGAUCUUGGCCGCAAGAAGGCUACCGUCGAUGACUUCCCUCUCUGCAUCCACAUGGUCUCGAACGAGUACGAGCAGCUGAGCUCCGAGGCUCUUGAGGCCGCCCGUAUUUGCGCCAACAAGUACUUCGUCAAGACCGCCGGAAAGGAGUCGUUCCACCUUCGCGUCCGCGCCCACCCCUUCCACGUCGUCCGUAUCAACAAGAUGUUGUCUUGCGCCGGUGCCGAUAGACUUCAGACUGGUAUGCGUGGUGCCUGGGGUAAGCCCAAUGGCACUGUCGCCCGUGUCAACAUUGGCCAGAUUAUCAUGAGCGUUCGCACUCGUGACUCCAACAAGGCCGUCGCUCUCGAGGCUCUUCGCCGCUCCCAGUACAAGUUCCCCGGUCGCCAGAAAAUCAUCAUCUCCAAGAACUGGGGCUUCACCCCCCUCCGCCGCGAGGAGUACCUCGAGAAGAAGGCUGCUGGCCGCGUCAAGGUUGACGGUGCUUACGUCCAGUUCCUUGCCAACCACGGCUCUCUCGAGCAAAACAUGAAGCGCUUCCCCGACGCCUUUGCCUCCGAGGCUUAAGGUGUGGGAUUCGUGUUUCUUUCGGGAUUUGGGUUUCUACAGGCUGGCGUCUAAAGUGGUUGCAUGUCAACAUGAUGGGAGUCAUGCUGCGGCAUACUCUAGAUAGGAAUUCAAUCAUUGGCACUUGACAGACUUGCCCCUCUACCGUCACGACGAACGAGAUCUGGAAUGGGAAAAAUGAUUCGCGGAUUAGGAUAGUAGGCAGGCUUCGAAGGAGGCUCAAUGUGAAGAACAUAUCGGGCUGACGAAAUAUCCUUGACAAAUUUCCGGAACAAGUAGACGCGGA